UUCUGGCUGUAUUUUGCCCAUGCUAUUUUGUAAUAUUGUGCAUCGACCUUUUGGGACAUGGGUAUAUAGCGCGGUUUCUAGAUGUUUCGUACCCAAACACGUUCGUACCAUACCGUUUCGUAACCACUAGCUAUGUUCGAAAUGGUGUAUGUUGUUAGUGCCAACGAGAACCCGUUCUAUUGGCAAUCUUCGUUUGAAGUUGGGCAAUUUAACAUGGAUUUCAAUGGCAGAUGACAUCUGUGUAGUGAGACCUAACAAGUUUCAGUUUCGAUUCACACGGAUCAAGGGGGUGCAAGAAAACUAAUUACUAAAAGAACCAGCAUGUCUAGUCGCUACUACCUGAGAAACAAACCUAAUCCCAAGAAGGAUGAUUUGGGAGAUAGCCGUCACCAAACAGGUAACAUUUCAGGAAAAAUGCCAAACAGAAGAAAUGAUUCCACCACAGAUUCGGACAGUGACUAUUCACCAGAACGCAGGUCAGCGUCCCCAGAGUUCCGUAUGGAAUGCAGUGUUUCAGACCAUGACUCGCUGGAUUCUGUCCCAACUGACACCAUCCACAGUAGUCCUUCUUCUACAACCGGGUCACCUUCAGCACUGACCCCUUCUCCGCGACUCGCUCGUCGAGUUCAACAUGAAAGAUUGAGUAGUCCCGAGAGUGGACACGGUCAGUCGUUUCAGUCCAGUCCCAAAAUGAGGAGAACCCAAGCAGAAGUAUCAUCAUUUGAAAGUUCACACAAAAGAAGAGUACCUGCAGCUGGUAAAGGAAGCAAACAUGUGACAGAUUGGUACAAAUUCCUACAGACACCCAUCGUUAUUCGUAUCUUUUGUAUCCUGGUAGUAGUCGCAGUCGCACUUGCCCUUGCUCUAAAACUGGUAUCCAUAUAUGCAGGCUAUUCUGAUGAUGACAAAGCUAUGCAUGCAACAAAGCCAACCGAGUUCCAAGAGUUUAUAAAGAGAGUCAAUGAACUAAGAGAUGUUUUCCCUUCCCAGGAUGAGCGGACUUGGAAAACACUGAAGUCCUCAGUGAAGCAUGUGCUGGAUGGAAAGGACCCACACUACCCUGCUGUGAUUUUGUUUGCAGUUCCUAAGAGUGCAUCAAAGCUUGGCACGUGCUUUGCUCAGCAGGUAGCACAGAAGUUUAAGAACUCUACCCGACUCAACAAAUACAUCGACUGUCGACACAGCAGCCAUCUUGAUCCUGCCGACGCGAAACUUGAUCUUGACGAGAAAAUCCAUGCACAUUUCCAGACCGGGAAGGCUGUUGUGAUCGAUCAUCUGGAGAUGUUGUCUCCCAAGUCUGUCCUCCUACUUCACGGCACCUGCGACAACGACAACGCACCCUUCAAGGAUGUUCUCAUUUCACUGGUUUUUCACCUGGAUAUUCCAAGAGACAUCGAUCACAAGCGCGUGGAGGAUAAGGUGGAAGAAUAUUUAAUGAGUGGCCUGGAUGUCGACAAAGUCGGUGCAAUGCUCAGCCGCAUUGCAAACAACAUCGUUGUGAUCCGACAUGAACAGUCAGGACUGAUGGGUAAAGUUUGUCCUCAAUUAAAGUAAUAAGUUUAUGGAUGUUUGUCAUAAACCACAAAAGAACCUGUGCUUUAAUCACUGCUUAAAUACAAUGAAAUGUGCUUCAAAGCAUAUUAAAAAAAUAAUAAUAAUAAAAAAAAAAAAAAAAAAAAAACA